AUGCCUGUUCUGCGCUGGCCACCACCCAUCAUCAACGCAUCAUGGCGCCAACGCACGCGAGAACCCCGCGAUGCCGCCGCCACCACGACGGUUGAGGCCGGGAAUUCAAGGGUCCAAGUGCUCGUUUCACGGCUUCAUGGUUUCACGGCUUUGCAUUUGCAUAUCGGCGGCUUGUCUCGCGCCAUCAUGUUCAUUCAUCCAUGUUCAUCUCUGUUCAUCUCUGGCUGUUCCAUCAACACCACGACUCAACACAUUCCCGUCGUCAUCCCCCACCAAGACCCAGCACACCUCCGAAAUAACCGAACCCACAGACUCUUGUCUCUUUGCCCAUCCCACCCUCCUCUUUGUUCCAAGUCUUACGGCCACAUUGUCUGCAGCGAACAUGCACCAAAAACAAUGGCCAAGUUAGCAGCUUGCCGCCUCCUCCCCACACUUUCGCUCGCUCCACCUCCGCAUUUUGAUCUUCCCUGCACACCACAACUUCGCUCCCUCUCCACUCCUCCUCCUCCACUCCUCCUCCUCCACUCCUCCUCUUCCUUGUCCUCUCCUUAUCCUCUCCUUAUCCUCCUCCUCCUCUUCCUCCUCUUCCUCCUCUUCCUCCUCCACACUCGUCAAUCAUCAAUCCCCUUCCAUCCAUCCCUCCCCUGCUCUCCUCCAACCACCCUCUAUCCUUCAGCCAACCAAUUCAACUCCUCAAUCCGGCACUUUCCAUCCUUCCAUCCAUCCACCCCGUCCACCCUCACUUACCACUUCAAUACAACCCUCGCUCGCCCCCUCUCUGGCUUUCCCUUCAAGUCCACUCGCGCAGCCUCUCUUCCUGCCGUGUUACCCUCCUCUUCCCCCUUUGUUAUCAACCCGCAGGUCGCCAUAACAAAUACGCACCCUCUACCGAGCUUUCCGUCCGCAGUUCCCGGCCACCGCGGAAUCCACGUCUCGCUCCCCGACGUCGUCCUAUAUCCUCCUGUUCUGUUCCUCCCAGACCAUAGUACUUGCUAUACACACUUUGGCUCACGGGAUCUCUUCACCGGCUGCAGGGGUGUCAUGUAACCUUUUUAAAACUACCAACAUACACUUGUCACCGAUCUGAUCACACUUCCUAUUUCCUCUUUGCCAUUUCCUCUUUAUCGUCUCCCCUUUACCAUCUCCGCUUUUCCUUUUCUUCCUCUUUCCCAUUCUCAUUCUCCCUUUCCCCGUGAUUC